CGGCCGGAGCGCGGGGUCGAAUGGGCGGCAGGCGGCGACGGGGGCCGGAGGGCGUGUGCUGAGGUCUGGCCUGUGCCUCGCGGGGCCCGCCUCUGAGCGGCGCGGGGCGGAGGGCGGCGACCCGCAGGACGAAGAUCGUUUUAUUGAUUUUGCUCCAGAGCCGACUGGGCCUCGUUUGCCAAAGGUGGUGCUGGCGGGGUGUCCAACACAGGAGUAAAACUGUUCCUACAGCAGAGUAAUGAUGGUAGAUCUGAAGGUGGCUGACUGUUUGAGCCCUCAGAUCAGGGCUCUGUGGGAGUGCAAGGGACCUGAGAUAGAGAGUUCCGGUCACAUUAAGAAGUACACCCCACAAACGGACAGGCUCAGUCCAGAAAGCUGUCGCGAGCACUUCCGGAACUUCCACUAUCAUGACGCCCCCGGACCUCGUGAAGUUGUUGGCCAGCUUCAGGAAUUAUGCCGUCAGUGGCUGAGGCCUGAGAUCCACUCAAAAGAGCAGAUCCUGGAACUGCUUGUGCUAGAACAGUUUGUGACCAUUCUGCCCACGGACACCCAGAGCCGGAUAAGGAAGGACCAUCUACAAAGCAUUGAGGAGGCCGUGACCCUGGUAGAACACUUGGAGAGGGAAUCUGGUCAAACGAGGAAUAGGGUGAGAAGAAAGAUUCCUGAUUCCCGUGAUGAAAUAGGGUGAAAGUGGAUUUGGGUGGGGGCACUUCAUUGAGAAAUAAGGUGAAUUAGGUCACUGUUCCAUUGUUCCUUUAGAACAACUGAGGCAAAGCCUGAAACCACAGACCCACAGCAGUAGUCUCAGGUUUCACAGAUACUUUCCUGGCCUUCCAGAACGACCGCAUUUGUGAUCUAUAGAGCCAGGGUGAAUGGAGAGUCAUAAGCCUAGUAUGGCUUGCCUAAGGACAUGGGUUUUGAGUUACAAAUGAAUAAAAGGAAAUAAGGAGUUGGAGAGGAAGGGGAGGACCUGAAAAAGGGAGAACACUUAGAAACGAAAAAUUGAGUGGAGAUAGUAAAGAGAAGGAAAACCCAAACAACGAAGGAAGAGUGCAGAGGGAGAGAAAAGGAGGCAGAAAAAAGGGAAACCGAUUUGGAAAUCCUAGCAGAGUAGCUGAGAGGAGAGAGACAUUGAGAGAUACUGCCCUCUGAUUCAAAUGAGAGAGCCUCCACGGCGCCCUCCGCAGUUGGUCUUUGGCUCUGCUGGUUCGUGGGAAUCCAGGGUGUGUUCUUAGCCACGUGGCAGAACACCAGCUGGCGUCAGGCCAACUGGGAAGAAGACACAGGCAGGCAUAUGUGUGGUGCCAGAAAUCAUCUGGAGGUUGCCAUCCAAGAGCUUGGAAAGGAGGCAGUGCUCUUGAGAGAAACAGCAGAGUCCCAGCCAGUGGGCCUGGCCCAGGAUGAAGAAUUCUGGAAUACACACCAAGGUUUGCAAGAACAGCUGAGCGGGAAUACUCAUAAAGAAUCUGAGCCUGUAUGUGAGAGGGCUGUGCCUGUUCACCAGAUCUUAGCCUUUUCUGAGAAGACAAACACCAAAGACUGGACAGUGGCCCCUGAGCUCGUCUUGCCUGAGUCCCAGAGCUUGUUGACAUUUGAAGAAGUGGCCAUGUAUUUUUCCCAGGAAGAAUGGGAGUUACUGGAUCCCACUCAGAAGGCCCUCUACAAUGAUGUAAUGCGGGAAAACUAUGAGACUGUCAUCUCUCUAGCAUUGUUUGUGCUCCCCAAACCUAAGGUGAUCUCGUAUCUAGAGCAAGGGGAAGAGCCAUGGGUUCAAGGGUCCACGGAGCUCAAGGACAGUCCUGGAGAGCUGCCUACAGGAAUAAAGCUCAAAAGUGACACUGAAAACCGUCAGCCUAUACGUGUUUCUGAUUUAGAAAUACAAGCACCAGGAGACAUAGUAUCAAAAAAGGCCCGAGCAAAAGUUCCCCAGAAAACAACAGGCAAAGAAAACCAUGGUGAUACACACAGGAUAGGGAAGUGGCAUCGAGAUUUUCCUGUGAAGAAAAAAAAGAAACUUUCAAGCUGGAAACAAGAGUUGCUGAAACUUAUGGAUCUUCACAAGAAAGCCCGUGCUGGAGAGAAGCCAUUUAAGUGCCAAGAAUGUGGGAAAAGCUUCAGAGUUAGCUCUGACCUUAUUAAGCACCAAAGAAUUCACACUGAAGAGAAACCGUAUAAAUGUCAACAGUGUGAUAAGAGGUUUAGAUGGAGUUCAGAUCUUAAUAAGCACUUAACAACACAUCAAGGAAUAAAACCAUACAAAUGCUCCUGGUGUGGGAAAAGCUUCAGUCAAAAUACAAAUCUACACACACACCAAAGAACUCACACUGGAGAGAAGCCCUUUACAUGUUAUGAAUGUGGAAAAAAAUUCAGUCAGAACUCCCACCUUAUUAAGCAUCGGAGAACCCACACAGGUGAGCAGCCAUAUAGUUGCAGCACCUGCAGGAGAAACUUCAGCAGGCGGUCAAGCCUCCUUAGACACCAGAAACUUCACCGCUGACCGGAAGUUCAUCUUGUGUCCUCAGCAUGAAGAAAUUCACCAAGUAGAGGUUGACCUUGACAUUUAUGAAAAAAUACAAAAUUGUGAAGCACGAGUAAUUCUUCAUCGGUGGAAAAAUUGAUAAAAACAUAUUUCACAGAAAGGAAUCAAGGUUGACUCUGCAGGGAUCUCUAUAAGUAGUUUUGUACUACUUACAUUUUUACACUUGACCUUCUGGGAAUUCCUUAGUAAGAAAGGUAUUGAAGAAAACAUUCUCAGUUCGGGAAACGUUUUGCAAUAGUAUCUGGCAAAGUAACAAAGCCAGCUUUAAUUAGCAGAUGCGCCCAUGACUCCGUCUUCUGUGAUCGCAGAGGGUAAAUUCUAUUGAUUUUGCUUUGAAUUCCCAGUCACUUUUAAACACAUAUAACAGAAACAUUUCUAGCACGGUCUCCCAAAAGAAAAAGCAAUAACCUGCUUAUUUAAUUGCCUUCAGUUGCCUUCAAGGUAGUUGACUUAACAAUUUUAAGUCCUGUGUGGGGAAAAAUGAGUUCUGUUGUCAAGUUUUCCAAGAACUAAAUUGGAUUUUCUUCCUUUCCCUUGUCAUUGGUCACUUCCCAGAGUUGGACAUCACUUGAGUUCCUUCCUGAACAUUUUAGCAACUUUAGCUCUUGAAUCCUUUAGGCGCCAGUUUUACUGUGAUGAAAUGCUAUUUACUUCACCACUAGUGAAUCUGCCAGGUAAAUUAAUAAUGCACUAUCUUAUACCUCAUUGGUGGUGUUUGAAAAAAAGAUAAACAUCUCUAAUGAGAUCAUAUGAAAACGGGUUGGAAUGUUUAGCCAUGGAUUGUGUAUGACAUGUAAAGAUAUUUCUGCAGUAAAAUAAACUAGUCCUUAUAAUCUCAGUAUGAUGAAGCAUAAAAAUUAGCACUUUCUUGAAGCCUAAAGAAAAUUAAUGAAAGUUCGGGAUGAACUUCUCAGGUUUUUUUAAUUUGCUCUGUACUUUGGCUUUUGUUUUUAAGAACAAACUAGAACUAGAAUGUGUGCUCUAGGCAGGAUGUGGUUCACUGGGUAUGGCGGAAGAUAGGGUUCCCAAGAGAAAACGUUUGGGAACUGAUGCUGACUGGUGGGUAAGAAUGGGUGAAUCCACAUCCACGUUGGAUGGAUCUCUUAAACUGUAAACUAUUACUAAGCAGGUAGGGUAUAUAUGUCUCUGUUUUGUGCACAGCAUCUAACAACAGCCUUGGGUGAUACAUGAUAGACGGCUGAAAAUCUCUAUAGGCUGUGGAUCUUCUUAGAGCUCUUAUCUACAACAACUCUCAUGUAUUCCCAUUAGAGCUUUUAGGUGGUGUCAGGAAAGAGGUCAAAUGAUUUCUUCUAAAUACCUUAUAAAUAAGGAAGUUCAGGUUCGGAUACCCUAUGGCUAGUGAGUCUGUGGGUUGUCACUUGGUUGCAUGAGUCAGGCCUGAAGGUAGGAUUUGCAGGAUGGAUGUGUGUGUUAUCCCUCCAGGGCCAGACUGGAUGAUGUGUUGUGUCUGUUUCUAGCUUAUAAGACAUUCCUGUGGCUUGAUUCGUUACUGAAACACUUAAGUCUCCAUGUCCUCUGUGAAAGAGAGAAAACUGUGUUUCAACUCAGGGUUAUUCUGGGGAUUAGAGGGGCUGGUGAAGGAAAAGCACCCCACAGCUUGGUCAGUAGUAGAUGCUCACCGUGCGUUUCUUUCCCUUUCCCCUGCUCCCCAUGAUAUGCUGGGCAGACUGACUACACUUAGGAAGCAGGUGCAUUUAUGGCUAUUGGCAACUCCUUUGAGGAGUUGAGCGCUGCUGGUGGUGAUAGUGCUUAGCUGCUUUGGUCUUUGACUCCAGUGCUUUAUGGUUUAAGUCUCAUGAUGGUCUGGCACCCUCAAUGAGACUUUAUUUUCUUCAAGAUGAUUCAAAUAGGAUUUCAUAAGCACAGCCAGCUCUGAAGCUCCCAUCUGCAUAGCUGUUACCCAACGCCCUCAUCCUUCGACUACUGGUACUGUGUCAUCCCGGGACACAUGUGGACAUCUUCCUGGUGCUACAUUCAUUCACUUUGAUGGGGAUCUCUUAUGGGCCCAGGCACCGUUCUAGACUGAGAAGAUAGUAGUGAACAAAAGAGCUGGAAAUCCACUCUCACGGGACUCGUAUUCUAGUGAAGAGUAGAGAGAGUGAUUGUGGUUUUCUGCUACUUGAAGUUAGGGUCACGAGGUAGUUUUGGGUAAUGGGUUGUGAGCAGAAGCCUCACUUGUGGGCUGAAGCCUUUCAUUGUUGGUGCAAGACUCGAUAGUGCUCUUCUGCGUCAAUCGUGGAAGCCCACACAGGAAGGGGCCACAGGGUCAAAGUAGUCUGGGGCUGAGCGCCGCGCCCCCUGGCCCCUUGGUGAGGAGCUGUUCUGGAGCAUGGCCCAGACCCGUGAUGGACUUUAUGGGAAUGAGAAAUAAACUUUUGUUAAACCACUGA